GGAAAAAGCUGUUGCGCAACAAGCAACGACAUCAUCAGCCCUCGAGCUUUAAGCAUCUUAUCACCCUCGUUCUAUCAAGUGCUCUGGAGCCCAACACCAAGUUUAGACCAAGCCUCAUUCAAGAUGUUUUUCCACAAGACUAAAGACAUCAUCACCCUCUUCCACAAGGCAGGCUCUCCAGCUUCAGUCAGAGCUGUAGCUGUUCUCAAGCAGGCGUCGGCCAAUGCCAGCCAAUCUGCUACCGAGGAUCAAGCCAGCGACCACUCUCACCAGACCCACGCCCAGCGAUCUGAGUUCGAUCUGAAUGUCACGGAGGAUCCCCCGACGACAGACCAGCUCCAAACCAUCCUGGAAUAUGUUGGCCAGAACAAGAUCAAGUCUGUAGUGUCAGGCGCGAAUACGGUGACAGAGGCGUUGAAGACGUUCAAGGAGAGUCCAGACAGCUUCAAGCGCCCCGUGGUUGUGGACUGGAAUAACGGCAAAGCUGUUGCCACUGAGAGCGAAUCCGAGAUCCUCAAGAUGGUGAACGAGCUCAGCAAAUAAUAAACCAAACCUGUUGUCCCUAUUCCCUCCUAUUGUGUAUAUUAUUGACUUAUGACCUCGAUUUUGCCUUGCGAUUGUCUCAGCUUCGAUUGAUGACGUUCACAUGAUCUAAUAUUGCUUUGAAGAUUAUUUAUUUUUUUAUGAAGGGAGAUUUCUGACUUUCAUCGAUAACUUCUUCGAACAGCGUCAAAUCAUCAAACCGAUUGCGGCAUUCGAUUCCUAACG